AUGUCAAAUCUGAUAACAAAACAAUAUCGUGUAAAAGACGGCGUGGUCAAGGCACAAUAUUCUCCAGACAUUUCAGGAUACCAUAAUAAUAUAUCAUCAUGCCUUUUUAUACUUUACUUUAUAACUACGAUAUUGGUACUAGUAAUAGGUAUACCAAUAACAGUUAAUAAUGUAAAAGAAUCAGGAGAUUAUUGGUGGUGGGUAUACAUUAGCAUCUCAUUAUCUGUGUAUGCCAUCGUAUUACUUAUUCAUUGGAUGAUCAGGGAAUCUCGCAAGAAAGAAAUAAUGAAAGAACUUGAAAAAUUAAUGGAACGAGUAAACAACACAGACAAUUCCAAGAAUAUAAAUUGGAAAAUUGAUUAUGAAUCAAAAUAUGUUUCAGAAGGUCUCGUGAAAAAAGAUUAUCAUGUGAUCCUUGAAUUAAGUUCGUCAACAACUGACCCGACAACACUCACAGAACCAGUGCCUGCUACAGUACAACAACAAAUCAUCAUAGUUACAAGUGAUCCAAACACUGUUAACACUAUUCCAACUUCAUUAACGAUGUCGUCUGAUACCAUGUCUAAUGGCUCUACCACUCAAAUACUUUCAGUUAAUCCUUCACAAUUGAGUCAAAUUUUAGCCCUCACAACAGCAAAACGUUAA